CUGUCGGGAGACCGAGACGCGAAUCGGCCUCCCAGGCAUUUUGCACUGCGACAGCUGCGGCCACGUGUCUGGGGUGGGGGCUGGCUUGUGUCAUAACAGCAACAACACGCGUGUGUCGGUGCUGGGGGUGAUACAACACACAUCUUUGCCAUGUCUCUCUAUCGGAACUCCAUCUGGUUCAUGAAAGGGCUGCAGGAGUACACAAAGGGCGGCUACGAAGCGGCCGCCAAGAGCUUCCGGGCCCAGGAUUUGGAGGUGGACGCGAGCGGCCGCUCCUUCAUGGUGACGGGGGCCAACAGCGGCAUCGGCAAGGCGACCGCCCUCCACAUGGCCAAGAGAGGCGGAGCCGUGCACCUCGUGUGUCGUAACCGCGAGCGAGCCGAGCAAGCGCGCGAAGACAUCGUGAAGGAGAGCGGCAACCAGAACGUGUUCGUGCACCUGCUGGACAUGUCCGACCCAAGCAAGGUCUGGGAGUUUGCGGAAAACUUCAAGAAGGAGAACGAGACGCUCAACGUCCUGGUGAACAACGCUGGCUGCAUGGUGAACCAGAGGGAGCUCACCGCGGACGGACUUGAGAAAAGCUUUGCCACAAACACACUGGGCACCUACAUCCUCACCACGGCCUUCUUGCCCCUGCUGGAGAAGAGCGGCGACGACGCUCGAGUGGUGACGGUGUCGUCGGGCGGGAUGCUGGUGCAGAAGCUUGACCCCGAUGACCUCCAGGUGGAGCGAGGUCCGUUUGACGGCACCAUGGUCUACUCCCAGAACAAGCGGCAGCAAGUGGCGAUGACCGAGCAGUGGGCAGCGCAGCACAGAGGCGUUCACUUCUCCAGCAUGCACCCGGGAUGGGCAGACACACCCGCGGUGCGCACGGCCAUGCCGGAAUUCCACCGGCGCAUGAAGGGGCGGCUGCGCACGGAGGAGCAGGGCGCCGACACGGCGGUGUGGCUGGCGCUGUCCCCCGCCGCUCGAGCCCACCCUAGCGGCCUCUUCUUCCAGGAUCGCAAGGCUGUGGCGACGCAUCUCCCGCUGGCCUGGACUCGCUCCUCUGACGCCGAAGCGCAGAGGCUCAUGGGAAAACUCGAAGAAAUCGCCGCGCGAUUCAAGGUCCCCGCGUGAGGCGUCCGAAGAAUUUGGAAGAUCGUCGCCGAUUCUGCCAGAUUCACGACUUGGGACGUAUCCUCGAUUGGAGCGAAAUUAGAGGGGCUUUUUAUAUUUUGGUAAAUUACGAUGUUGGGGAUAAUUUGAGGCCGACUGACCUGUGUACCGCUCUUGUUUUUUGUAAGCAAAUAUUGCCGUCAUUUGUGUUAUUGAGAACAGUUCAGUAGCCGUUGAAAUGAAAGCGAGGCAGUGUGGGUAUUGUACAGCAUUCCUAUGCAGAGGCAGCAAACUAUUUGGAACUUGUCAUGACAUUUUUGAUUUAAAAGCUUUCGUGACUGCAGUAAUUCAUAUUCUUAGUUCUUAUUGUUAUAUAUAUUUUAUUAUUUUGUUGUUUCCCUUCAACGUGACUUUACCGAAAGAACUAAGAAUAUUGUCAUGACAUGUCAUUUCAAACAUCCAUCCGUACGUUAAACCUAUUUAUUCAGUAAAUUCAAAUUUUACGGCCUUUUGUGAAUCCCGCUUCUGGAUGAAAGCCUCCGCACGCUGUGUCGGCGAUGGGGGUGGUUUGGCCGUACUUCACCACGCCCGUCACUUGGUGAACGGGGUGCCGAGGACUCUGCUCCGCUCGCACCCCCCCCCCCCCCCCCCCCCCCCCGCUGAUGUUGGACGUGGCUAAAAGUCAAACGCUUGCUUUCCAGUUUAAACGUAGCAGGCUUUCGCGACCAAUAUUAUUCAUAAUUAUGAGUUGCUUUCCAGGUUCUCGUCACAGUUCACCAACCAGUGCCACCACGGCACCCAAUUCUAACGGGGGAUGGUGCAGAAACUCCCCAACAUUUUUACGGUGAUGAUGGGAGGACAUGAAUGUCAGCCCGAACAUAAGUGUAGGCAAUGCUCGGGCAAAUGUUAUCUGCAACGCAUUGUGGGCGAGUUUUGUAUGAAUUGUGGUGGAUUUGACGUGGCGUCUAAAUGCAAGCUCAUCUCAAGUCGCUGUGGAGUAACGGUAAAAGGGUCAGCGAGCAAUUUGAUGGAGUGCUUCGGCUCCUGUUCACAGCACUGAACCACUGCAGGAAAUUCCACAUUGCUAUGCCAGGGACGAAUCUCCCUUAGAGCACAGCCACUGUUGACUUCGCCACAAAGUGGUACUAACUUUAUUGACCCUCAACUGCAAAGCCACUUGAGCCAGAACGUUUAUUUUUCGGCGGCCAUCAGGCCAGCUACGGUGCGUCCCGGCCAUUCUACAGGGAGGGAGACGCAGUCAGCCAAGGAGGGGAGAAAAGGGAAGGACUUGAGCGUGGACUUGAACAGCGGCAGGGAUUCAACUGCACGGAUGGCUGGUGGGAGUCCGACUAUCGUAGUACCGGGUGAGAAUGUAGUCCUUAAACGAACUGGGGCCUGAACAAUUGCAAGCGGAAUUGGACUCGGAACGCUCCGUAUUAGCCAGGUAAAUCUACAGCUCUUUCUCAGUUACUCUUAGCAUUUUUAAAAAUGUCAAUUGACCGCACUGCAUGCGAACUGUCAGGUUUGGGUGUUUUGCAUUGGGGAGAAUGUGUAUUUAUGUCGAACUUCUUAAAGCACCGUACGUAGCCAACCGGUGCUCAUCGGAGGUGCGGGGGAAGGACAACAAACUAAACACAAAAAGCAGAAUGUGUUUGUAAAACAUACGAAACGACUUUGCUCAUUCUGUAAUUUACCGGCACUGAUGUAACAAAAAUGUGUGACCUCUUAUAAAGUGACUUUAAAUGGUAUUGUUGCACAUUUGACACUGGAACCUUUUUUUCCUGAAUGCAGUGAAAGGAGGAACUCUCACAGGUGGGGGGGGGGGGGGAAAGAGUUAAAACUCCAUCCACAAUCCAGCAGAGCCCCGUUUAUUUAAAUUGCGUGCCCUACCCGCACGUCACGAUUCACACUUAAGUACAGUUUCCACACAAAACCGCGGAGAAACGCACGCAC